GCGGACUCUCCAGCAGGGUCGGGUGUGAUUUGUGAACUUUGGAUCCGUCUCUCCACCUGAGCUCCCGUCCCCCCCUCUCCCCCCAGCGGAGAGGAAGAGCUCCGAGGAGGAGGGAACUACCACAGACCAGGACGCCCGGAGACCGGAGCCCGGAGAGCGUGUGAAUGGAGCAGUGUGCGAGUACGGCCUCCCUGCUGGCCUCGGUUCGGGAGCAGGAGAGGCAGUUUGAGAUGCUGAGCCGAGCUCUGGAGGAGGAGCGGAGGUCAUGUGCCGGCACCUUGCCCCGCCCCCUCCCCAACAUCCAGAACGGCCGCCUUCCUUGUGAUGCAGACAUAGAGAGGCUGACACUCAACGAGGGUUACAUCAACGGGACACAUCACUUCAGGAUGGAGCCUGGUCAGAUGAUGCAGGAGACGUACACGGUACAGGAGGACCCUCAGGAGCUGCCACCGGUCGUCUCUGUGGAGACUAGUGAAGACGGCACCACACGGCGCACAGAAACCACAGUGAAGAAAGUAGUAAAGACCACCACCACCCGCACAGUCAUCCCCUCUGUGUCAGACACGCUGUCCAUGGACGGCGGGGGUUCUGGGGUGGGCGGCUACACCACACCCAUGUACAGGCAGAGCCCUGGAGGCGGCGUGCCCAUGGACUACCCCACUCACACUGUCCCCCGUAACUACCACUACGGCCCUCCGGGGGGCUACGACGACUACCGCGCUGGGCCUCCAGCUGAGACCUACGCCAGCCUCAACCGGGGAGUACGCAUGGACGACCGCUACAGGCCAGUGCAUAUGGAUGGGUACAGAACCCUCGACCCCAGCCACCGAGCCCACAGCCGGAACCAGCUGGACCAUUAUGCUGCCCAACCACAGGUGGGGCGGAUGGGCAGUGCCCUGGAGCUGUCCUCUAUCCCAAGGUUUGUCCCGGACCCGUAUGGUUUGGAAGAUGACCAGCGCAGCAUGGGCUUCGACGAGCCCGACUACGGCAUGGGACACCCCAUGCACUACAGCACCGUGCCCCGAAACCACAAUGCAUUCCCUCACGGACCCCCGCGCAGGACUGGGAGUUAUGAAGGCACCCUGGACGGGGACAUGAGUGGCCCAGACAUGUACUGGGGGGGAGGUGCCCCGCUGGCCCAGGGCGAGAGAGGAAGCAUGGCUUCCUUGGACAGCACCCUGAGGAAAGGCCCGGGUCCCGGUGCCUGGCGCCAGCCGGAGCUGCCGGAGGUGAUUGCCAUGCUCAACUACAGGCUGGACCCCGUGAGGAGCAACGCAGCGGCAUACCUGCAGCAUCUCACCUACAAGAAUGACAAAGUGAAGUCGGAUGUUCGUCGUAUGAAAGGCAUUCCGGCCCUCGUCUCUAUGCUCGAUCACCCAAACAGAGAGGUUCACUACGCGGCCUGUGGAGCGCUGAAGAACAUUUCAUAUGGCAAAGAUCAGGAUAAUAAGAUCGCCAUCAAGAACUGUGACGGAGUCCCUGCUCUGGUCAGGCUUCUGAGGAAGACGCGCGAUCAGGACCUCACAGAUAUCAUCACAGCAACGCUGUGGAAUCUGUCGUCUCAUGACUCCGUGAAGAUGGAGAUCGUGGACCAUGCGCUGCACGCGCUCUCCGACGAGAUCAUGGUGCCCCACUCGGGCUGGGAGCGAGGGAGCAACGGAGCAGCAGGCGGGGAGGAAAACUGCAAGCCCCGGCACCUGGAGUGGGAGACGUCCCUGACCAACACAGCAGGCUGCCUGAGAAAUGUGAGUUCAGAGCGAUGGGAGGCGAGGAGGAAGCUCAGAGAGUGCACGGGAUUGGUCGAUUCCGUCAUGUACAUUGUCCAGUCACAGAUCGACUGUAAAGAUGUGGACAACAAGUUGAUAGAGAACAGUGUUUGUCUGCUGAGGAACCUGUCCUACCACGUGCACCGUGAAAUCCCUGGCUGGGAGCGCUACCAGGAGACCACGCCCAUCAACCAGGGCCCCGCCCCCUCCAGCCAGAAGAGCGGCUGCUUCAGCUCCCGCAAGGGCAAAGAUGAGUGGUUUUCCAAAGGAAAGAGAAACGAGGAUGCAUCUACAGAUGUGAUAGACAUUCCAAAGAGGACCACACCUGCUAAAGGCUACGAGCUGCUGUACCAGCCGGAGGUCGUUCGCAUCUACACCUCGUUGCUGCGGGAGUCCAAGAACCCGAGUGUGCUGGAAGCGUCGGCUGGAGCUGUUCAGAAUCUGUGUGCCGGACGCUGGGCUUACGGCCGGUACAUCCGUGCCUUGUUGCGUCAGGAGACGGGUCUGCCCAUGCUGACCGAGCUGCUGGCUCACGGCAACGACCGCGUCGUGCGAGCCAUGUCCGGAGCCCUCCGCAACCUGGCCAUCGACGCACGCAACAGAGAUCUACUAGGUAAACAUGCGGUGCCCCACCUGGUGGCCAACCUCCCUGGAGGGGGUCAGAGCCAGCCGGUGCGGGCGCUGUCGGAGGAGACGGUGGUGUCGGUGCUGAGCACGCUCCACGAGCUGCUGGGCUCCAGCGUCGACGCAGCCAAAACCCUCAGGGCCUCGCAAGGAAUCGAGAGGCUGGUGCUCAUCAACAAGGACGGGAACCGUUCUGAGCGGGAGGUCCGCGGGGCCGGGCUGGUGCUGCAGACCGUGUGGGGCUACAAAGAACUACGCCGCACUUUGGAGAAGGAUGGCUGGAAGAAGACGGACUUCAUGGUGAACCUGAACCCCCCUAGCAGCAACCGGGCCAACGGAGGAUACGAGGACAGCACUCUGCCGCUCAUAGACAAGGGUGAAAGAGAAAUGAUUCCAAUGAAUGACAUGGGACCAGAUGCCUACUCCACACUGGACCAGAGAGGCAGAAGGAACACUCUGGACAACACACUCGAACCUGCUGACAAAGAUCCGAUGCAGAAAAACUGAUCGUUUGCAUCACAAGACGACAGCCUCCUCCUACUUACUGCCCCUGCUGAAGUGAACCCGGGGGACCACUACGCUCGCGUUGGGAUUAAUCUCCAUCCUUGACACUAACUCUUUUGUCGCAGCUUCUCUUCUCUUCUCUUUUUGUUACAUUCCUCCAUUGCAGCUGACAAACGAAUGACGGCACACGGACAGCGACGUGGAUCUACACUCCCUGUGGACGACCCAUCGUGACACUAUGACCACUCUGAGCUCUGAGAGUCGCCACUCGUGGCCACACCACUACAUCUCCACGCAAACCACACUAAAACCAAGACUGCUGGUCCAGACUGAACUUUUUGGCAUUCCUCGGAGGUUGAAGCAUAAACUUUAAAACCAUUUAAUCAAAAGGAACUGUUUGGAUCGGGACAGAGCGCUUUCCGGAGAAAUUUUACAUAGCGAUGACGUAGUCUUGGGAAGAAAAAAAAAAAAAAAAUCAAGGGAAUGUGUCAUUUUUUUCUUUCUUUCUGAUGGUUAAACACGAUAAAGAAAAUUUCCUUUCACUGAGAAUGAUUGUUUUUGUUUAUAAACCUAAUUAAGUAUGUAAAGCUUCUGCCUCUGUUUUGGUAGUGAUUGUUCUGUCCUUGCUUUGGUCUGUGCCGUCACGUAUGUACAUGUGCCAUACCUGUGCCAAAUGACACCGCCGCAACUUCCAGGACCAGAUGUUUGGACUUCUCCUCUCAGCAUCCACACUAAUUAAACUCCGCUUCGUUGUGCGUGGCAGCCCAGAUGCAUGGGGUUGCUGCAGCUUCUGUAUUUGAUUAUAGUCCACAAAUCUCCACGGGUGCAGGUAUGAGUAUGUCUGCACACAGAAAUAAAGCAGAGGAAUGAUGUCCCUACUCCUGGAACAGACAGAGGUUGUUAUUUUUUUUGUUAAGUAAUGUUUCUGUUAGGUGGAAUCCCCUUUAUUGUGACAAUGACUGGGAGAUAUCACAGGACUCGGUGGGUGUAUCUUGUACCUGCUGGUCUUUAACAUGAUGAAUGUGUGAAACAGCUGUUUGCAAACUGGAGUGCCUCACUCAUCCAGGAUGGGUCGGACUGGGGAUCCACGAUAACCCGGGAAACCAGUCCAAUGGUCUUUAUCACCACUUUUGGAGUAUUGUAUAUUGGAAGCUUGUUCUCCAAGAAUAUGUGAACGUGUCUGUCGGGUCUCAGUCUUGUUGUUGGAAUAUUUUUUAUGGUGUUUAAUUUGCUGCUUCACAAACCCGUAGCCGUUCUGGCUCCAAGACGACAGGACAGAACUUGGGAGAGGACUCUGUAUUGUCUGGUUUUGCCCACAUUAGUGUUGAGUGUGAUGUAGAUACUGAGUGGAUUAUUAAAAGAAGCACUACGGGGGUGUAAUGUGUAUUUUUUUUUUUAUCUUUUUCCCCCCCGCUUUGAUUUGUCUUUAUUGCCAGUUGACAGAGGAAUCCACAUGUAACCAAAUUUUAACAAGUUGCCUUCAAGAGUAGACCGACUUGAGAAAAGAGAGUUAGUGUCAGAUCCGAAACAAAAGGGUGCAUAGGCCAGAAUUUGCUGAUAGACAAAGUGGAGUGGAAAAAAAAGUAAAAUAAAAGCACAUUUAAACUAUAUAUAUAAAAAUACAGGAGAUUAUUUGUUAAUUUUAAUGGUUUUAUGUUUUUUUUUUUAUAAUAUUGAUUUGGGGUCAACUGUUUUGGGUGCUCUAGGUAAAUGCAUAUGCAAUCAGUUUAUGUUUUGAUUGAAAACUUUCAGUUUACGUCUUAAUUAAAGCAAACCAUAACAAAAUCCUCCAACAAAAAAUAAUAGAAAAUAUCUGGAUUGUGACUUCACAUGAAUAUCUUUGCCUUGGCUCUUAAAAGUUGCACAUUCUCAUUUAUGAAUGGACUAUGUAACUAGCAAUAAUGUUUUUAAUAAAAAAGAAAAUUUUU